CAGACAAUUAAUUUAAACUAUUAUGAGUUCAGUACUGACUUAUGGCAGCGGAGAGUGAGAGCAACUAGGCUUAGAGAAUGCUCCGCUAGAGAUUAAGAAGCCAAGAGCUAUACCUUUCUUCCAGGCUCCCAUGAAGAUCAAAGAAAUAGCUUGUGGAGGCAUGCACACAAUUUUGUUGACCGCUCAGGGCUGUGUCUAUACCUGGGGAUGCAAUGACGAAGGGGCACUUGGUAGAGUCGGCGAUACAACCGUCCCUAAAAUUAUAGAGGACAUUGAAGAACCAAUAACAGGAGUUACAUGCGGGGAUUCACAUUCAAUAGCAUAUAGCAUAGAUAAGAAUUUGGUCUAUUCAUGGGGUCUUUACAGAAAUACAGUCAGUGGACCUAUAGGGAAAAUAGCCAAGACUCCAAUGAAAAUUGCAGAGAGAAACCUCAAAGGUCUCCAGCUUACCAAAGUUAUGUCAGGUAGUCACCACACUCUCAUGCUUGCCAGUGGAAGAGUGUUUGCCUGGGGAGAUCCAGAAAGUGGCAAAAUUGGACGAAAUAUCAAAACCAGAAGAAGAAAUGAGAGCGGAUUAGUGAUGGAGCCUGUUGGACUAAAAAGAGUCAAGGAUAUCUUCUGCAGCAGGAACUCUUCCUUUGCUAUAUCAGAAGACACGAAGGGCAAUACUAACUUAUACAGCUGGGGACUCAACAACUGGGGGCAGCUAGGUCUUGGUCAUAAUAAAGAAACAUCUAAACCAGAAAUAAUCAGGGAGUUCAAGAAUAAGAAAGUACUGAAGGUUGUAGGAGGGGACUCUCACACUGUAAUCCUUGUUCAAGAAGGAGCUGAAGCUCUCUGUGAGAAAACUACUAAAGUAUACACAGUUGGGCUUAACGAUGAAGGGCAGCUUGGAAUCGGAGACACCUACACAGAAUACAGGAGGAACAAGAAUGAAACCAACAUGAAGCUUGAUGAAGAAGAGAAAACUCUUAAACAAGAGAAUGAGAAGAAGAUUCAAGAGAUCAAAGAUAUUCCAGAAAAAGACCUUGAAGCCAAGGAAAAGCAGAAGGAAAUUAAUAAGGCUAACAAUGAGUUGAAGAGGAAACUCAGAGCUAUUGAAAGUAAGCGGAAUUCACUGGAGAAUUCAGAGAACGCUCAAUACUUUACCACUGUCCAACUUGUGGAAGGAAUUACAGAUUCUUUUGAUAUAUCAGCAGGCGCAAAUUAUAGUUACGCCAUUAGACAAAGAAAGAUAGAAGAGGACUCCAAGGAAGAUGCCAAAGGUGAAGAGACAAAGCGUAUUGAUCCAAGGAUCAACCAACUUUUUGCAUGGGGAAUGGGAGAGAACUAUGUCCUCUGCAAUCGAGAAGAUGAGUCUUCAUACACUCCUCUGGAGGUCAAACUCGAAAUGCUCAGAGAGCUAAACCCGAUUUCCGUAUCUUGUGGUACAAUGCACUGAAUAAUGAGGUCGAUCAAAAUUGAGGAAAAUCCUGAGGACUAUGGCCUUGAGCCAAUUUCCCAAACCAUAGUCGACAGGUUUGCUAAUGAUAUCGCUAAAGAGAUUGAUGCAAAUAGGAAAAGGAGAAGGUCUGAAAUAGAGAACGAUACUAAGCCUGUUAAAGACGAUACACAAGCUAAUGAAAAGAAAAUUCAUACAGAUAAGUCUCCAAAAAAGCUUAAAGAAGGUCAGAAAGAGACUAAAGAGCCUGCUGAAGAGGGUUCAGUGAAGAUCAAUGAGGAAGAGAAGCAACCAAAGGAUGUUCAGCACAAAGAAAAGGCUGUAGAUGAUAAGUCUAAACAGAAAUCUACUACUAAUGGAACUAACGGGACUAAAGAGACUCAACUCUCAUCCAAAAAUGAUCCAAGAUCCUCAGAAAUUACCGAAAAGAAAGAGGCUGAAGGGGAUGUAGAGAUGAAGGUUUCUCCAAAAGAGACGGAUAACCUCUUAAAAGCCUCUCCUAAACCCGUUUCCGUGACUCCAUCAGGGAAGAGAGUGAAGGUCUCUGAGACCCCUGAGAGGAUGGUUGAGAUUCCUAAGCCAAAGAAGUAAUCUACCAGAUCUUUAAAACAAGAUUUAGCUAAUAAAUUUAUCU